AUGCACAGCGAAGGGGCCUCUUGUCUUUCAUCUCAGCUGCAGUCCCCCGUCAGGUGCAGGGGGCAGCAGCAGCUGCAGCAGCAGCAGCUGCAGCAGCAGCAGCAGCUGCAGCAGCAGAGGGCAUGUACUGCAGCAGCAGCGCAAGCGGCUCAGGCAGUGGGAGUUCGUCUGGGGCUAUCGGGAGUUUGCUGCAGCAGCAGCGCUUGCAGCAGCAGCUGCAGCAGCAACAGCUGCAGCAGCAGCUGCUGCAGCAGCUCGCGCUGGAUCAAGCAGGGGAUGCUGCAGGUGCACCUGUCUUCGCUGCCUUCUCUCAUGCGGCCAGAGGGGCCCCUGAAGGCCCCCGAAGCAGCAGCAGAAGCAGCAGCAACGGGGGGCCCCCACAGCAGGCUGCUGCUCGCAGCAAGAGGGAGGGAGCAGGGGCCCCUGGCCCUCACCCUGCCGCCGCACACCGACAGCAGCACGGGACGCAGUAGCAGCAACACCAGCAGCAGCAGCAACAGCAGCAGCAACAGUAACAGCAGCAGCAGCAGCAGCAGCAGCAGCAGCCACACAGCGAGCAGCAACAGCUUAAGUGAUGGCAGCACAAGCACGGCAGCGCCACAGGCAGCAGAAGGAGAAGCUGCAGAGACAGCGGAGGAGCGGCGGCGUGAGGAGACUGCAGCAGCAGCAGCAGCAGCAGCAGCAGCAGCGUCUGAAGCAGUUGCUGCUGAGCCGCAGCAGCAGGAGGAGCAGGGCGGAGCAGCAGCAGCAGCAGCUGCUGCUGCUGCUGCAGUUGCUGCUGCUGCAGUGGCCAGGGCGCGCCCGCGGGGGGCCCCGCAGCAGCAGCAGAAUGGCGGGGGCCCCCUCCCUGGGUUGCUAGCUGGUGCUCCUCUGUCUCCAGGGGAGAGCAGGUGUUUGUCUCCUCCUGCUGUUCUGAGUCCUUUGUUGGUGUGUGCUGCUGCUGCUGCUGCUGCGUCUGCUGCUGCUUCUGCUGCAGCAGAAGAGAGAAGCAAAGGGGGCGUGCGGCUGUCUCCAGUCCCUUGGGGUGCUGAGGAGGGCCCCCUUCCCUCUUCGGGGGAGACACUGCCGCGUAUCUAUGCAGAAGGAGAAGGCGGCGAAGCUGCUGCUGCUGCAGCAGCAGCAACAGCAGCAACAGCUGCUGCUGCAGCAACAACUCCAACAACAACUGCAACAGCAAUUGCAGCAGCAGCUGCAAUUGCAGCUGCAGCAGCAACUACAACUGCAACUGCAACAACAGCUAAAGCAGCAGCUGCAGCAGCAACUGCAGCAGCAACAGCAACAGCAGCAGCAACGAACAUCAACAACGCUGCUGCAGCUGCGGCUGCUGCCGCUUGA